AUGGCCACGCCCCCCACCCAAAAGGCAACGGUUCUCAAGGUGGUCCUCAUCGGCAACAGCGGGGUGGGCAAGACGUCGCUCAUGCAGCAGUACGUCAACAAGUCGUUCUCGCUCCACUACAAGACCACCAUCGGGGCCGACUUCCUCAUGAAGGACCUCUUCGUGGAGGACCGGGCCGUCCUGCUCCAAAUUUGGGACACGGCUGGGCAGGAAACGUUCCGUUCUCUGGGCAGUGCGUUCUACCGAGGAGCCGACGCCUGCAUGCUGGUGUUCGACGUGACGAACAAGUACAGCUUCGACUGCCUGGGCGGGACGAAACAACACGAUCGAGGAGGAAGACGAGGGCGAACCGGUGUCGCUGGUCGUGGUGGGCAACAAGAUCGAUCUCAAGGAGGGCGGCAUGGACCACGUCUGCGAAGUCACCCGAGAAAUGGCGGAGGAGUGGUGCAGGAAGACGGAGAAGCGGGUCGGGGCGAGCAUCUACUACUACGAGACCAGUGCAAGCGCUGCCACCAACGUCGAAGAGGCCUUCCACGCACUCGCCUCCGCCACCCUCUACCGCUACCAGGUCCGCGACAAGAGCGUGUACGCUACCAUCUCUGUGAGCGUCGUAUGACGUCGUGUGUGCGCGUGUAA